GCAGGGGAGCCAGAGAGGCAGCCGGGGACCCAGGGGCCCGAGAGAGCAGGGGAGGGUUAAGGGAACCAGAUCCUGGACGGGCUCCGUGCUGGAACAGAAGGGGGCUCUCCCCUUGUCCACGCCCUGCGAGGGGGUCCGGAGAGGAAGACCCCUGACCCUUGGCUGCCCCUUGCCCGUCUCCCCGCCAGGAUCGCUCAUGGAACGGGCAGGCGUGCUUUGAUUCUGCCGCUGGAGGGGCCAGCCCCCCACUGCCCCAAAGGAUGUAACCCCCCCUUCCUGCGGGGGCAGCUGCUCUGGCCAAGAGAGGGGGCUGCAGUGGGGGCGCAACCCCCCUCUCCCUGCGUUCUGGGAGAUGACGGCCUCCUAGCCGGGCAAAGAUGGAGAAGGCCGUGGGCAACCUCAGCUCCAUCGUGCCGGCCUCACGGCUCACACCGGCCUUCCCGCCCGCCGUCAAGGUGGGCCUGACGACGCUCUACACGGCCCUGUACGCAUUGCUUUUCUUCUCGGUCUACGCCCAGCUCUGGCUGGUGCUCCUGUACCGUCACAAAAAGUUCAGCUACCAGACAGUCUUCCUCUUCCUCUGCCUCUUCUGGGCCGCCCUACGCACGACCCUCUUCUCCUUCUACUUCAGGAACACCCUCAAGGCCAACCACUUGCACCCCUUCUUCUUUUGGCUGCUGUAUUGCUGCCCUGUCUGCCUCCAGUUCUUCACCUUGACCCUCAUGAAUCUCUAUUUUGCCCAGGUGGUUUUCAAGGCCAAAGCGAAAUAUCGUCCGGACCUGAUCAAAGGCCUGUUGAUGGUGCGAGGGGCGUGCCUUGGGGCCAGCGUCCUCUUCCUGGCGGUGAAUGUGGCGUGCGCCGUGCUGGUGCGGGCACGCCAGGCUGAGCCCUGGGCCGUGGUCCUCGCGCGGGUUCUCAUCAGCGACUCGCUCUUCGUUCUGGGAGCCGUCUCUCUUGCCCUCUGCCUGUACCUUGUGGCUCGUGGGUCUCCCUCGACGCGCAUCUAUCUGGAAGCCAAGGGCACCACGCUGUGCCAGACGGCAGCCAUGGGGGGCACCAUAGUCUUGCUCUACGCCAGCCGAGCUUGCUACAACCUUGCCGCCUUGGCGCUCUCUUCUCGCACCCGGCUUGACUCCUUCGAUUACGACUGGUACAACGUUUCCGACCAGGCCGAUCUAAUAACAGAUCUCGGGGAUCAAGGUUACAUCGUCUUUGGCCUCAUUCUCUUUGUCUGGGAGUUACUGCCCACGACGCUGCUGGUUGGCUUUUUCCGAGUCCAUAGGCCGGCUCAGGAUAUGAGCGCCAGUGGCGUCUUCAGUCGGCAGCUUGGUAUCUCCCGUUCUUACUUCUUUGACUAUCCUGGGCAGUGUGAAAACGAAGGACUGACUAGCAGCCUGACUGGACGACCCAGCAGCGGGAGCUAUUACGGCUCGAUCAACCGCAGCGGGGAGCAAGACUGGUUGGGGGGCCACCCUCCCACCGCCCCCCUUCUGUUCCCCCAGGCUGCCGUUUCCGGCAGCCAUCACCACAGCCUUUACUCCACCCCGCAGAACUGAGAAAGAUAAAAGGUGGCCUGGGGACAGGAGGAAGGCCGCCCCCCUAACCAUUGCUACUGAUGAAGGUUUCCUGCGUGUAUAAAUGGGGGGGGGCUGGCAUGCGGACAGGGUAUUAGAGCCACCCCCCCUCCCCGCGUCCCGUUCCCUCCCCUGAACUUUAGCCCGAGAAAUUUAGCUCCGUCCUUUAGCUCUGGAGCUUGUUGGCUAUUUUGCUGGAAUCUCCAUGCUUGAAUCCUUUCCCCCCCUUGGAAAAUUCCCUAGAUAUUUAACCGAUAGUAUACUGAGGACACUAGCACUUUAAACGACUGGUGGGGGGGGCGCGUUUUAUCUGUGAUGUUGUUGUUUAAAUGAAUUCUGUGAAAUGGGUAGAGGGGCUCUCUCUUUUCUCCCUCUUCCCCCUGCCCUCCCCUCUCCCCACCAGCCGGUAGCUGCUGUUAUUUGGAAUACGCUUCCGCUCUUCUGCUAAACACUUUGCAGUUUUGGUGCUAUCCCGUCGCUUGCCCCUUCCAAUAAAUCAGUUUUGUGUUAGCGA